AUGGCCCUUCCCAAUUUUGAUGCUCUAAAGGACUUGCACGAUUCGGCCAACGACAUGCUUAAUCACUCACCAGUUGAAAUAGCGCAUCAGGGACAAGAGAAAUGGACUCACGAAGUUUCAGAAACAUCAUUAAGAAUGCUAGACGUUUGUGGCACCACCAAAGAUGUCCUUUUGCUCGUUAAGGAUCAUGUCCAUGACCUCAAAUCCACCUUCAGAAGAAACAGUGUUGGCGAAAAUGCAACUGCAGAAAACAAGUUUGCACCUUAUUAUUGUCACAGGAAGAAGUUGAAGAAAGAAAUGUUAAAGCGCUUGCAUUCCUUAAAGGGGAUGAAAAAUAACAAAUGCAUAGAUUUUUCAUCAUCAUCACUAGAUAACAAAAAUAAUCUUAUGGUGGUUGUGAAUGUGUUAAGAGAAGUAAGAGUUGCAACAAUUUCUAUUUUGGAAUCUUUGAUGUCACUUAUGUCAAUGCCAAGCCCAAAUACAAGGAAAACAAAUAAAGGGUAUUUUGGUUCAAAGUUGAUGAGAGUAAACAGCUUAAGUUCCUGGGAAAAAUGCGACGCGAUGACGCUGCAGUGUGCCAAUAAAAGAUUGGGAGCAGUGGAAAUGGCCAUUGAAGAUCUUGAAGGAGAGCUGGAAUAUGCUGCUUCAUAA